AUGGUUCCCCGCAAGUCGGAUCGGGAUGUUGUGACUGAGACGAACGGGAGAAAUGCGCCUCCUCCAAUGACAGGUUUGAAUGUCAUCCACAGAUGUGAUAACUAUGUAGUGGUUGACAAACGAUACGAUUCAAGGAUAUCAGGAGACUUCGAGCAUACGGUAGAGAAGCUACUGCUGCAAGAGCAUGCAGCAAUCUUCCCAUGUCACCGUCUUGACUACGCCACGUCGGGUGCGAUGAUUUGGGCUCUGAACAGCGAGGCAGCGGCUAAGGCGUCCAAGUGCUUUCGAAGACGCAAUGUCAUCAAGCUGUACCUCGCACUCGUGCAGGGCCACAUCGAAGGCCCCACGCUAGAGGAUCUGAAAGCAUCUCGUUGGCAUGGGCUGCAGGAUCCUUACAGGAUGCUCGACUGGCCUAUUGGCCCCGAUGAAGAGCAUGGAUUCAGGAUGAAGGUGCUGAUCCCGAGCCAGGGCGGAAAAGUCUCGCAGACAAGGAUGAAGGUAGUGUCAAGGGGGGAAUGCUGCGGCAAGAAAGCGUCCAAGGUGAUACUGCAGCCCGAGACUGGACGGAGGCACCAGCUGAGAGUUCACAUGAUGAAAUUUGGGCAUCCGAUCAUUGGGGACGCAACUUACACGGACGAUUUUCAGUCUCCCAGGAUGAUGCUUCAUGCAUGGAGCCUCACGUUUGUGAAUAGAAGCAUACACGAUACGGAGAGAAAAGCUGGAGAGAAGGGGGCGAGCAGCGAUGCCAUGGUCCUGUGCGGUUUGAAGGAGAGCGACGCAUCCUUCCUCGCUCCUGAUCCACUAGAGGCCUUCUACGACAGGAAAGACGGAUAA